AUGAGUGAGUCAAGUGAUAAUGAAAUGAAUGAAUGGGAAUUAAAUGUAUUAAAGAAUGGAAUGCUUGGAGAAAAAAAGCAAGAGAAUAUUAUAACUUUGAAAAAUGCACAAAUGAAAGAAUCAGUACAGAAUUGGGAUGAUAUUUUAAGUUAUUUUGAUAAUAAGAUUGAAAGAUAUAAUCAAGCCAAUAAAAACUCUCAACAAAACAUUGAAAGUUGUGUUAAUCAAAUAAAAAAAACUCAGACUCAUUUAAUUCAAAGUGAAAAUAAAUUACAAGAAUUGACACAAUUAUCCCAACAACAAGAACUAGUAAAAGAAAUCAUCCAUAACGUCAAAAUACCAACAGAGAAAAAAAUAACAGAGUUAGAUGUAUUAGAAAAGAAAAUGACUGUGAUUUAA